AUGAGGCUGCCAUCCGAAGCUCGAUACAAUGAGAUAGGGGUCCAGCAACUCAGCUCCUAUAUUUACAAACAGGUCUUCCCUCGAGGAAGCGAACCUCCACCGAAAGAGCUGGUAGAGCUUUCCAAGGACCACUUGCGCCGCCAUGAUCUCUUGGGCAAGAACACCGACAACUCCGACCCGGUCGCUUUCGACCUGCCCCCGCUCCAGGGCCAGACGCUCGAUGAACACUUUUACAAGCUAGGCGUCGAUGCGUCUGAACCCUUCUUGACACAUGCGAAGCAAUUCGCUCGAGCGAAUACCCCGCCGAGGCCGAGGAAAUGGGUGCGCAGGAGUGGGUGGACAAAGUACUACCCGGACGGGAAGACGGAAGCAGUCGAUGCGCCCGAUGAGAAUAUGCUAUCGUUCGACACGGAAGUCAUGUGGAAGGAGAGCCCCUUUGCCGUCAUGGCCUGCGCAGCCGGUCCCACGGCGUGGUACGCAUGGCUGUCUCCCUGGCUCCUGGGAGAAUCGAAAAACGAGAAACACCUAAUCCCUCUUGGAGACCCUACGAAGGAGCGCAUCAUUGUUGGUCACAACAUUGGGUACGAUCGAGCGAGGAUCCUUGAGGAAUAUGAUCUCAAACAGACGAGAAACUCGUUUCUGGAUACCAUGUCUCUUCAUGUUGCCGUCAACGGCAUGUGCUCGCAACAACGCCCAACAUGGAUGAAGCACAAGAAGAGUCGAGAUCUAAGGGAUAAGAUUGCGAAAGAGACAGACAACGUCGAACUUUCUCAGCUUCUGAGCAGCAACGAAUUGUCUCGGGAAGAGGAGGAUCUAUGGGUCGGCAGGAGUUCCGUCAACUCACUCCGCGACGUGGCCAAGUUCCACCUUAAUGUGGCUAUCGAUAAAUCAGUCCGAGACGAUUUCGGAGAGAUGGACCGAGCCGGCAUCCUGGGCAAACUGGACGAGCUACUAGACUACUGCGCUGCGGAUGUCGCCAUCACGCACCGUAUCUACCAGAUUGUCUUUCCCAACUUCCUCGAAGUGUGUCCCCACCCUGUCAGCUUUGCUGCGCUGAGACACCUUUCUUCUGUCAUCCUUCCCGUGAAUGAGUCAUGGGAUGCGUACAUUGCGAAUGCAGAGGCCACAUAUCACCGUCUCUCCGAUGCCGUACAAGAACGAUUAGUGUCUCUCGCAGAAAAGGCUUUAGAAAUCAAAGACAAUCAGGAGAAGUGGAGCAAUGAUCCAUGGUUGAAGCAGCUAGAUUGGUCAGGCCAGGAGAUCAAGAUGGUCAAGGGCAAGAAAAAGAAUGACCCGCCGAGGCCUGCUGCUCGGCAAAAGAAACCUGGCAUGCCGCAGUGGUACAAGGACCUGUUUCCCAAGAACGACUCACCUAUCAAUAUCACGGUACGGACGCGGAUAGCGCCGCUACUCCUACGUCUCGCGUGGGAUGGGCAUCCGAUGUUCUGGUCCGACAAAUAUGGUUGGACCUUCCGUGUGCCUCGUGCAGAGAGGGAACAGUAUACGAGCAAGCAGAUGAUCCAGUGCGAUAUGACUGAUGAGCCCGUCGCAAUGCUGAAGGAUGAUCGGGAAGGCGUAUACUUCAAGCUACCACACAAAGAUGGCCCAACUGCUCGAUGUGCCAACCCUAUGGCGAAGGGUUAUCUUGGUUAUUUUGAGAAGGGGACUCUUUCAUCCGAAUACUCAUACGCUAAGGAGGCACUUGAGAUGAAUGCCUCAUGUUCAUACUGGAUAAGUGCAAGAGACAGAAUCAUGUCACAGCUGGUCGUAUACGACGCCGAUCUGCACGCUAGCUCGAAGAAGUCGAAGAAGAAAGGGGGCCAAAUCCAAGGCUAUAUUCUUCCACAAGUAAUACCAAUGGGCACAGUCACCCGAAGAGCUGUUGAGAACACCUGGUUGACAGCAAGUAAUGCUAAGAAGAACCGGGUUGGAUCAGAGCUAAAGGCAAUGGUCAGAGCUCCGCCCGGCUAUAGCUUUGUCGGAGCAGACGUUGACUCCGAAGAACUCUGGAUUGCCAGCGUCAUUGGUGAUGCCAUCUUCAAGCUUCACGGAGGCAAUGCGAUUGGCUUCAUGACAUUGGAAGGCACCAAGGCGGCCGGCACAGAUCUCCACUCCCGGACAGCCUCCAUCUUAGGAAUCACCAGAAACGAUGCGAAGGUGUUCAACUAUGGCCGUAUCUACGGUGCCGGGCUGAAGUUUGCGGCACAAUUACUACGCCAAUUCAACCCGUCUUUAUCGGAGCGUGAAACAUUAGCCAUUGCCGGCAAAUUGUAUACUGCCACAAAGGGCGCCAAGACCAACCGGAAAGCACUACACAAUCGGUCAUUUUGGCGUGGUGGCACAGAGUCCUUCGUCUUCAACAAGCUUGAAGAGUUUGCAGAGCAGGAACGACCCCGCACCCCUGUUUUAGGAGCCGGAAUCACUGAGGCGUUGAUGAGUCGUUUCAUAAGCAAGGGUGGCUACCUGACCAGUCGUAUCAACUGGGCCAUCCAGAGCUCAGGGGUCGAUUAUCUCCACCUCUUGAUCGUGAGCAUGGACUACCUCACUCGACGCUUCAAUAUCGACGCCCGCCUCGCCAUUACGGUGCAUGACGAGAUUCGGUACCUAGUCAAGGACCACGACAAGUAUCGUGCCGCAAUGGCCCUGCAGGUAGCGAAUCUGUGGACUCGAGCCAUGUUCGCCCAGCAGGUUGGCAUCGAUGACCUUCCGCAGGCAUGUGCCUACUUCAGUGCUAUCGACAUUGAUCACGUCCUACGGAAAGAAGUCGACAUGGACUGCGUGACGCCAAGUCACAGCACUCCAAUAGCACCAGGCGAGUCACUCGACAUCGCGACCCUCUUAGCCAAGGGCAAAGAUGCUUACCUCGAUCCGAACAUGGUUCCAGAGAAAUAUGCGCCAAACCUUGAGGGCAUCGAGUAUACACCUCGAGUGCCGGUCAUGGCCAGUCUCAACGAGGCGAACGGCGGCAUGAACUUGGGUUUCAUCAAAGCACAAAUCACCGCUGAUGAGAAGGAGCUGAGGGAGAUUUUGAAGGAGCAGAAGAAGACAACGGACGGCACCUCCACGCAGAAGAAAGAAAGGGGCUCCAAGAGCGUUCUACCAUAUUAUUCACACCCACAACUUGUACCAAUGGAGGAGCCCAUCUCCGUGACAGAGGCUCUCGGCGCAGGGAGGUUCAAGUCCUUUGACGGGCGGAAGUGGGAUUGGGAACGGCACGGCCAUGGCAGGAACGGGAAAAGCUCUGUGGUGCGGAACACUCAUUGA